UCGCCGAUGGUGACCCUGCUCACAACCCAUCCCUUCUUGAACACUCGUGAUCCAGUUGUCGAUAUUGGAUCGUUUCCAGGAUUUGAUGGUACCGUUGAGAAAUGAAAGAUGGAUGCCACGAUAAUUGAAAAGUCAUUCGACUCCAGUUCGGCCCUUAUCACCACGAAGCCCCUCAACGGCUUACUCUUCGCUGGUCCACGAAGAGUGUUGGCCGUUAUUCCACCAGGCAGCCGAAUAAGCUCGACUCCUAUUUGCUCUCAUAUUCGGACUUUUCGCUUGUAGCGUUUCAAUCUUCGGACAGCAUAAGGAGCUCCAGAUUCAGUGCCCCUUGGCCACAAAACUGCUGACGGGUGGAGGCCAUUCAUCGCUAAGGCAAAGCUGUUUCUUCGUAUUGCUGGCAACGGACGCGUCACGGCGAUGAUGGCCCCGCAG